GCUGGCCGUGCUGGUGGCGGGGCUGCUCGGCGGAGCGGGGGGGUUCGGCGACGAGGAGGAGCGGCGUUGCGACGCCAUCCGUAUCGCCAUGUGCCAGAACCUGGGCUACAAUGUCACCAAGAUGCCCAACCUGGUGGGACACGAGCUGCAGGCGGACGCGGAGCUGCAGCUCACCACCUUCACCCCCCUCAUCCAGUACGGCUGCUCCAGCCAGCUCCAGUUCUUCCUUUGUUCGGUCUACGUCCCGAUGUGCACAGAGAAGAUUAACAUCCCCAUAGGUCCCUGCGGUGGCAUGUGCCUCUCCGUCAAAAGAAGAUGCGAACCCGUUUUAAAAGAAUUUGGAUUUGCCUGGCCGGAUAGCCUAAACUGCAGCAAAUUCCCACCCCAGAAUGAUCACAACCACAUGUGCAUGGAGGGCCCCGGAGACGAAGAGGUUCCCCUCCACAGCAAGACCUCCUUGCAGCCUGGAGAAGAGUGCCACAGCAUGGGAUCUAACUCGGAUCAGUACAUCUGGGUGAAGAGAAGCUUGAACUGUGUCCUCAAGUGCGGCUACGACGCUGGCCUCUACAGCAGGUCAGCUAAGGAAUUCACAGAUAUCUGGAUGGCCGUCUGGGCCAGUCUUUGCUUCGUCUCAACUGCCUUCACAGUCCUGACCUUCCUGAUUGAUUCAUCCAGAUUUUCCUACCCGGAGCGCCCAAUCAUAUUUUUGAGCAUGUGCUACAAUAUUUAUAGCAUUGCUUAUAUUGUGAGGCUAACUGUGGGCCGGGAAAGGAUAUCCUGUGAUUUUGAAGAGGCAGCAGAACCUGUUCUUAUCCAAGAAGGUCUUAAGAACACAGGAUGUGCUAUAAUUUUCUUGCUGAUGUACUUUUUCGGGAUGGCUAGCUCCAUCUGGUGGGUUAUUCUGACAUUGACCUGGUUUCUGGCUGCAGGACUCAAGUGGGGCCAUGAAGCUAUAGAAAUGCACAGCUCUUAUUUCCAUAUUGCAGCCUGGGCUAUCCCCGCGGUGAAGACCAUCGUCAUUUUGAUUAUGAGGCUGGUAGACGCAGAUGAGCUCACCGGUCUGUGCUACGUGGGGAACCAGAACCUAGAUGCGCUGACGGGCUUUGUCGUCGCUCCGCUUUUUACCUACCUGGUCAUUGGGACUUUAUUCAUUGCAGCGGGACUAGUGGCCUUAUUUAAAAUCAGGUCUAAUCUCCAGAAAGAUGGCACUAAAACUGACAAACUGGAAAGGCUGAUGGUCAAAAUCGGUGUCUUUUCAGUGCUGUACACCGUCCCGGCAACGUGUGUCAUUGCCUGUUAUUUCUACGAAAUCUCCAACUGGGCCGUUUUCCGCUAUUCGGCAGAUGAUUCCAAUAUGGCAGUGGAGAUGCUCAAAAUUUUCAUGUCCCUCCUGGUGGGUAUUACAUCAGGUAUGUGGAUCUGGUCAGCCAAAACUCUGCACACGUGGCAGAAGUGCUCAAACAGACUGGUGAACUCAGGGAAAGUGAAACGGGAGAAGAGAGCAGAUGGUUGGGUGAAACCUGGGAAAGGGAACGAGACCGUGGUGUGAGAACAGGACGACACCCCGAUGGUCUGCUCUCCCGUGAAGGACUGAUCGUGUGUAAGCAUUGCUGUGUAAAUGUUGAGAGUAGAGUAGGGAGAUGGUUACACAGCCUGUCUCUGGGGGAUGGAAGAAAAAGCCUUAAAGAAUAAACAGCAAAAGGAUCAU